AAAGAGCCUACCACGCGACACGCUCGACUAGUUGGUGUUUAUUAAACGAUCUCGAAAAUAAAUGUAUUUUUGACGGGAGAACUCUCGUAGUGAUCUGUUAUUCUUAAGUAGUAAAAUUAGUGCAAUGAAUUUAUUAAGCAGACAUUUUGUCUUUUUCUUUUCUAUUUUUAAGAUUAUGAGAACUUUAAAGAAUGUGUAUCAGUUUUAAGAGCAAUUAAAUUUAGAGCCAAAACAAUUUAUUUGAGUGCUGCCAUCUCGUAUUUUGUAACAUAAUCCUUUUAUUGCGUUUUCUUACGAUACUGCAGAUACCGGUAAUCGUUAAACAAGGCAUAAUCGGUUUUUACCGACUGCGAUUACCAACAGUCAACACCGGUUAUGUUUAUCGACGGUAACUAGAUGGCAGCACUUAAUUUCACUGUCCGGAAAUAUUUAAAUGCCGAUUGUGCAUGCUCGCGGCAAUGUACUAACGAGGUUGUGUUAUGAAACUUUUAAUAGUAUAGUAAUAUGCUCAAAAAAGUAAUUAUUGUGUGACUGUGAUAUUAGAAUUUCAUUAAAUUAUUAUUUCGUAUUAUUCUGUUGUGCAACAAACAUGUCAUUGAUCUAUAGCAAAUUAUGCUCAACUAUUUUAGUAGAACACUUUGGUCCUAUUGUACAGCGUGUAGGAAAUGAUCUUUUUAUACACGGUAGCAGAUCGUUACACCUUAUUCGACAGAGUACUCGUCUUCCUCUUGUUAAGGUAAAGGAAUCCUUAUGCACUCUUAUUAAAUACGGACUUGUAAAUUAUUAUCAAAAUGAAACACGUACAGAAUAUACUUUAUUACCAGACAAAAUUAUUUUAAUGCUUCGAUAUCCAAGGUACAUGUUUUUUGUAAAAAAUGUAUGCGGAGAUGAGUCGGAGAUAAUGCUGGAGGAAGUGCUGAAAAAUGGAUCUUUAACUGCAUCGCAGACUAUGAUAAAUGGAUAUAAAAAAAUUCAACACUCUUCUAAUGCAUGCGGUAAUAUGCAACCAUCUGUAUCGUCUUUGAAAGAUAAUUUUGAUUUAUUAGUAAAAAAUCAAUUUCUUAUGCGCGAUUUGUGUACAAAUACGAAAAGUGACAUAGAUGAAAAGCCAAAUUUUGAUAUGCCACAAAUUAAUUUAAAAGCACUAGAGAACCUAAUUCAAGGAAAGGAAGAUGAUCCUAAUGACACUAAAAUAUACUGGAAAGUUAAUUUUGAUCGAUUUAUUCAGGAUUUUAGGGACCAGGUUAUCGUGUCAGCUAUACGUACAAGAUUCGAUGAAAAUGCUGGAGAGUUAAUGAGACAGUUACUUUUUCUGAUGUACUUAAGAACAGCAUCGUGGGCAGAUACAUCUAAUCCCAUUCCAUAUAUCGAAAUAAAAGAUGUAAUAAAAAAAUUAAACUAUCCAAGGCUUAUACAGUAUCUGGACCAAUAUUUGAAUCUUAUCGAUGACGAUACGAGUCAAUUUAUAAGGCGUGUCGGAGAUUCGGGUGGCGGACAAUACAGUAUAAAUAUGAAGGAAGCUUUCAAUCAAUUAGCGUGGACAACAUUAGAAAAUAUCGUAAUGGAACGUUUCGGAUCGAAAGCAGCCAGAAUUUUUCGAUUGGUACGUAGUAAAAAAUUUGUCGAACAAGAACAGAUUCAACAGUUAGCUAUGAUACCUGCAAAAGAGGCGAAACAUUUGACGUACACGUUGCUCCAAGAGAAUUAUUUGCAAAUGCAAGAAAUGAAAAAGGCUGGUCCUUCGUCAGCACCGACGAAAACAUUUUUCUUAUUUCACAUAGACUUGGAUCAGGUUGUUCAAAUGGAAAUCGAGCAUUGUUAUCACGCUUUGUACAACAUCAUGCAAAGAAGAGAUCACGAAGCGACAACUAAUAGGCGAAUGAUAGACAAACAGUUGCGCAUGCAAACGCUUACGAGCAAUUUAAAAGAACACGGAGCUACCGAAGAACAAUUGGCAGAGAUCGCCGAGAUGAUGACACCAUCGGAGAAACAGCAUUUGGACAAAGUGCAACACGUGAUUAAGAAAUUAGGUGCUACAGAAUUACAAAUAGAUGAGACUUUAUUUUUGUUAACUAUGUACGUGCGUUAUCACUAAAAUCGUAUAAUUUCUUUGUAAAUAUUCGAUGAAUAUCGUUAAAUAUUACAAAUUUAAUUAUCAUCUUGAUAAUUAGCGUAAGAACUUUUUAUAUGUCGUAUUGUAGAUAAUAUUUAAACAAAACAAAUUAAUCCAAGUUUGUAUUAAAACAACUAAAUACUGAAACAAAUGCAUAGAGAUAGAUAAGUACGUAUAUGUAUAUCGAAAUAUUGUGUAAAAGUAAAGAGAAAAAAGAAAGUUGGUACUCGGAUAGAGGCUGAAAAAUCGAAAAGCAAUCGAGUGUCUUGUCGUAUGAAAUUUUUAUCACCCGGUAUAACAAGUUGAAAAUUGAAACGACAAAGUCAUAAAUGACAAGUCAAAAUGACACAUGACUACCUCACGUUAGUCAAUACAUGGGCGUACCUAAUGUUACUUUUACUUGGAGGUCGAUAAAAGUUCUUCGAGCGAUCAUAUCCACGAUGAGCAUGAUCGGUGUGAUUAUGGUGCUUGCUGCCGUAGUAUGGGCAAUAAAACUUAGACGAGACAUCGGCGAUUAUCUUAAUCUCGUAGUGCCAGGUUAGUCGAUUCUUCGAAGAAUCCAAUUAGAAAUAAAGAUAACUUUUGUUAACGUAGCAGUUAAAAGUGGAAGGAUAUUUAAAUGUAAAAAAACAAAUCGUUAAAAUUAUAACGCCGUGGGUUAACGAGCAGAUCACGACGAGCAGGUGAUGGACACCUCUGGCCAACUGUGAUAGUCGUCGCAGCUGUACCCUGUGCUCCUGUUUAUAUACUUGGACUGAAGGCUUACCUUUGUCUUCCUCUUGCCACGCCAAAAACUAAAUUCGAAGAGAACAACAAAAACGAAUCCGAUGACGAGGAAAAUUCAGAGAACUCGGACAUUCGAAAUUCUGACGACGACGAGGACGACAAGAACAACGGGCACGAAGCCAAUCGUAUAUUAUUCUUACACGCGGUCCUCUGUUUGAUAUCCGGAUGUCUCGUCGCUGCCAUCAACGUUGCCUGUUUUCUAAGAUCCAGCACCUUCCAACAAAAGAUCCGUGAAGAUAGUAUGAUCGAAGCUAUGGAAAAUUAUGCGAACGACGAUGGAGUUAGAUCGUGCGUCGAUGCCGUACAAAUGGAGUUUCAAUGUUGUGGGAGCGAAGAUUAUCGCGAUUGGUUCCGUGUCAGUUGGGCUAAAGUAUCAAUGGACUA